UCUAAUCAAAACAGCUUCCACUUAUAGUUAGCAUGAUUGUAUUCCCCAUAAACAGACAAAAGUGUCAAGAUGCAGGCGAUUUUUUGGUGUUUGGUCUUUCUCUAUGCCUCAGUUCAGUCCCGCUCGUACGAAGGACCCAAUCCUUUUAGUGGCCAAAUCGGCUUGGAGUGCAGAGAAGAAGGCAGGUUGAACGAUGACGCUCUACGAAACAUUUUGGACGAACACAAUAUAAUCGUCCGAAGGAACCCUCACGUAUAUUCAUUCUUCGAGUGCACGUUUAGAAAGUAUAAAUUUCUUGAGGAUGGGAAAUUUGUUAAGGAUACCAUCCUACCCUACAUGGCGAAAGGCCCGGUAGAAUUUUACAAACCCAACGUUGUCGAUCAUCAGAAGACUGCUGAAGAGACUUACGAACUUUGCAAAAACGAGGAAGGUAAAACAGCCGGCGAGCGCGUUGUCAAUUUCAUGAACUGUGCUGUAAGACACCUUACUGCCGUUGACUAUCAUCAGCAGCCUGCUAAUAAGAUUUACGAAAUUUGCAAAUACAAGAAAGGCGAAAUGACCGGUGAACGCUUUGUCAAUUUCAUGAACUGUGCUGCAGAACACCUUUCUCGCAACGAAUAAGUUGAAAACAGUUGUUGAUUACAGUAAAAUUAAAUGUGACGAAAUCGCAAUCAUUAAAGACCCUUUUAAAUG